AUGGCAGCCGCUAAUCCCUUUAUGAGUAAAUUAACUAAGAUUAGCAUCGGUGAACACGACAGAAGACAUAAUUGUACAGAAAAGAAAGAUGAUGAUUACACAAGUGUACAGACUGAAGACACAUCCACUUUAGAAUUACUUAAUAAAAAAUCGGUUUUCUUUCCUACUGAACGAUUAAUUGGUGAGUCCAUUCCCAAUUUAUUGGGGGAAAUAGAAGGUAGUUCUGACCCAGGAUAUCAAGGAUUUAUCAAAAACACGGAGGAAGAUACAAUCUCAGAUGAACUAGCACACUUUAAUAAUAUCAAACUAUCAGAAAAUGAUCAGUUGCUAAACAGCUAUAAUAAUGUGGUGACACCUCAAAAUCAAUUUAAAAAAGACCUCGUAAAUGGUAAUCUUCCCUUUGUACCAUUAACCAAAGAUAUCUCAGAUGAGGAAUUAUUAGAAAUAUUACCUAGACUAUAUAAUAGAAUUCAAGUAUUUUUACUAAGAAAUCAAUUAUCCUUAAACUUUUUGAAGAGAUUCAAAUCCUAUAUUGGUUAUUUAAUUGAAUUGGGGUUUAAUCCAUUAACUGACGAAUAUUUACUUCAAGUUCAAGACUGUCUUUCAAAGGGUUUUUCAUUGACUUAUGAAAUGGAAUCCAUUAUUAAAAAAUUCUUGUUUAAACCAGAUAAUUUGAUUUUAAAAUUGGUUAAUUAUCAAUUUGAUAAAAGCUCAAAUUUAUUACAAAUACACUUUUCAUUAUGGAAGAUUAAGUUUGUAACCCAAAAUAGUCUUACACUGUAUGAAACAUUUAUCAAAGCUAAAUUUCUCCAUAAAUGGACUAGCUCUUUUAAUAAAUAUGGUAUGGAAUAUAAAGAACAAUCCAAUAAUGUUAAUAAAACAAGAUUAAAAGAAUUUGGUUUUGACAAAUUAUUAAUUGCAUAUGAUACCUUACAACAGAUGACUUUAGUAGCAGAUAGUAAAUUUAAGCAAACUAUCUUCAUGCGAUUUAAAAAGAUAUAUUCUUUAUUAAUGGAAGAUGAAAAAAUAUUUACGCAAAGAAGAGAUGACCUUUUAAGGAAACAUUACCUAAAAAUAUGGAUUUUUCAAUUUAGGCUUAAUGAAUUUAUCAUGAGAAGGAUAUAUUUGAAGAAAAAAUUUUUAUCAAAAAUAAGGACAAAGUAUGAAGAUAGAGAAGCAAUGAUAAAAGAAGCUGCAACAGCUAGAUAUCUUCUUCUUACUAAAAAGACUAUAUUAACUUGGAAGAAUCAACUGAAAAGAAAAAAUAAAAAGCAUGAAAAGUUGAUCUUAUCAUAUAGAAAAUCUCUCAAAAGGAGAUAUUUUAAUAGAUUUUUGUCUUCUUAUAAACUAUCACAAUCAAUAUCUAUUGCAAGAGAUCAUUUAGAUAAAACAUUGACAAGCCAUAUUCUUUGUGAAAUGUGGUAUAAGAGACUGCAGGAGAGGUUACAUUUCUAUUCGUUCACAACAAUACAAAAUGAAGCGAUGAAGAAGAAGUAUAUUCAUUUAAUUACUAAACAAUUUUAUCUACAGAUAAAAGCUUAUCAAUUUAGAGAAGAAUCCCUUUUGAAAUAUAUCUGGAAGUUAUGGAAAAAAAGAUAUUAUCUUCAGAAGAAACUGACACAGUUUAAAGGAAUUAAUUCUAGACAAAAAUAUUUAGAAUAUUGGAACAAACAAACUAAAUUGAUUUUUCGAUAUCAAAAUAGUGUUAUAUCAAAAAUUUAUUCAAAAUAUUUUACAAUAUGGAGGAUUCAUAAUGAAAAAAUAUCAUAUUUGAAUAAGAAAGAACUUGGUAUUUACAAGAAUAACCUAGGACGCAAAUUCAUACAAAAAAUAACAUCCAGGACUACUAUUAUUAGCAGUUUAAAUAAAAAAUGUGCUGUAUUAAUUAAAAGUAAAGUAUUCAGUAAAAUUAAAAGAAAAUAUAGUAAACUAAGAGAAUUAAAAUUAAUGGGGAAAUUGGAAUGGCCCCAGGUAUAUUCGUCAAUAAUAAUGAAUACCUAUUUACAAAAAUGGAUUAGCAUUUAUAAUUUACUGAAGGAGAAAAGAUUAAGGAAUAAUCUAAGCUUAUAUACUGAUCAUAAAAGAUCCAUGCUGUUAAAUAAAUAUUUUCAAAUGUAUUAUAGGAGAUCUAUUAUAUUAUGCCGAAACCUGAUAAUCAUUGCAGAUGACAUGAAUAACCGUCGGUUAUUAAAACAUUUUUCUAAUCUAAUGCUGUCAAAAUUCAAUAACUACCAAUCCGAAUAUCUUCGUGCCGAUAUACUAAAAGAAAACACAAUUAUAUAUGACAUCUUCGCUUUAUGGAAAUAUCGCUUGGAUGAAUUAAAUAAUCUUUUACAGCAGGCAAUUAAUGAGAAGAACUUGUAUUUAUUGUCUACAUAUUUACGGUUGUGGAGUAUGAAUCAUUUUAAAAUAGCUCGAAAUGAAAGAACUGUACAUUUGUUCAGACAAAGGUGGGAAAGAGCCACAGUAAGAGGUUUAAUAACGUUAUGGAAAAUGAAGACAGAGAAUCGUCGAGAUCAAAUAGGAAACCAAUUUACAAGUCUGGGUUACUCUGGCAUUGAUGAUGAAGGACAUUUCUCUGACAAUAGUAACAUAUCUCCACGUCAUAUUGUAGAAAUGAGGACUCCUAAAAAACAAGUAAGCAAUACCACUAUUCCUGGAUCGUUACAGAUGAGAAGGUACAAAAUGCAAGAGAUGAUUUCCCAUUAUAAUAAAGCUAGAAUUAUUCCAAGUCCAUUAAAAGAAUCUUCUACGUUGCCUAACACUGUGAAAAAAAGAUUACAAUCGAAGAUCAUGUCGCGACAAACAGAAAUUCCUAAUGAUCCCAGUAAUCAUACUAAAAGUCCUGGAAAAUUACGUUUUAGUGAUUUAACAUUUUUGCGGCCACCUCCACAAUCCCAUCGAUUGAAACACAGAAGCCAAUCCGUAUUAAAUGGAUCUCCAGAGAGAAGAAUUCCAAUUCCACAACUUUCCAAGCCUGGAUUUUCCCCAAGAUGA